GAGGACCUCAAGGAAUACUACUUCCAGGUGGACUCGGCCACGGGCCUGCCGCUCCCCGGCACCCAGACCUGGCAGCGGCCCUUCGCGCCCGUCCCGCCCUCGGCGCACGCCGAGCGCGCGCCGGCGCCGCCCGACGCCGCCGGGCGCGGCGAGGCCGGCGAG